AUGGCACAAACAAACGGCGAGCUGUCUUUCGACAGCAUACCAGACGCCAUAGAAGCCUUCGCCAACGGCGAAUUCCUAGUAGUCCUAGACAGCCCGCACCGCGAGAAUGAAGGCGACCUCAUAAUAGCCGCAUCAGCCUUCACACCUUCCAAAGCCGCCUUCCUCAUCCGUCAUACCUCGGGCUAUAUCUGCGCGCCUAUAAUACCCUCCCUCGCCGCGAAACUCGAACUACCACAAAUGGUAUCGAACAAUACCGACCCAAACCGGACGGCCUACACGAUCACGAUCGAUGCGGCCGAGGGCGUGACGACAGGAAUCAGUGCACAGGAUCGGAGUCAUACCUGCCAGCUCCUUGCGGAUGCGAAGGUGGAGAAAAGUGCAUUUCGAAGACCAGGGCACGUGGUACCGUUACAGGCACGGGAAGGUGGAGUAAGAGCUAGGGCAGGACAUACAGAGGCGGCGAUAGAUUUCUGUAAACUUGCUGGGACGGAACCCGUGGCUGUGAUAGCGGAGAUUGUGGAGGACGGAGAGGAGGUUGAAGGGAAGGCGGAGAUGUCUACAGGGUUCGGGAUGAUGAGGCGGGAUGGGUGUUUGGCUUUUGCGAAGAAGUACGGACUUAAGGCCGUCACGAUCGAGGACCUCAUAAGAUAUCUUGAGGAUGGUGGUGGGAAGGUGAAGAGCUAG